CGUGCUCGCUUCGCCAUCUUGUUGCAACCUUUUUUUUUUUUUUUUUUUUUUUUUCUUUACGUAUUUCGGGAUCUACUUUCUGUUUGGCUGGAUUAAAAAAAACUGGCCGCCUGCUUUCUGGAGAACCGCACAAGGGGGGUUCACACGGGAGUGAAGCCGCGCACGUAGCGCUUAACACCGGGGCACUACUUUCCAUUCCCCCCCUCUUUCCGUCCCGGACCACCGGGUCCCCCCCUGCCGUCAGGGUUUACGCGAAAUGAGUAUCGACACACUUUUGGAGGCGGCCAGGUACCUGGAAUGGCAAGCCCAGCAGCAGCAACAAACAAGACGUGAGGAUGAGCCGUUUCAGGAGAAGGAAGCCAUCAAGACGGAGGCUGAGUCUAAACAUGUGGAGCUUGUCGCCUCACCUCUGCCUGCCAGAGCCAACCACACUGCUUGGGCCGAUGAUGCUCUUCGCCAGCAGCCGCAUCAUCCUCCUGCCCCUCCGCCGCCUUCUCUCCCACCUUCACAAGUUCCCAUCGCCGUCAUCCCGAUGGUCCCGGUCGUCAAUGCGACACCCUCUGUCCCCCCCCUUCCCCUCACUACGCCGAUCGCUGCAGCUGCCACUUUGCUCAGCAGCCCCCUGCCUCCCAAAAAAGAGAGCAUUUCCUCUACGGUGCCGCUACCGCAGCAGCAGCAGUCAGUGUCUCAUCACCUGUUGUGCCCCUCCCAGAUAAAAAUGGAACCUGCUCAGCAGCUGAUAGACGUAAAGCCCGGCCUAGCGCAGCCUCAGAUGCAGAUUCAGUACCCGGCUUCUAUUAGUACCAAUGGCUCUGGCUCCCAUCAUGCACUGGUUCCCCAUCAAGCUCCACCUACACCUCAGUCACGCCCCAACGGCGUGACGAUAGAGGACCUGAGGGGCAUGGAGGGCAAGAGGAGACCUGGAGGAGCGGGAACCAGAGAGGUGCACAAUAAGCUGGAAAAGAACAGGAGAGCACACCUAAAGGAGUGUUUUGAGACGCUAAAGAAAAACGUUCCUAAUGUUGAUGAGAAGAAAACCUCUAACCUCAGCGUUCUGCGCAGUGCACUCCGUUACAUACAGACUCUGAAGCGUAAGGAGAAGGAGUUUGAGCACGAGAUGGAGCGUUUGGCCAGAGAGAAGAUCUCCACGCAGCAGCGGCUGGCCGAGCUGAAGAACGAGCUCAGCCAGAACAUGGACGCCAUGGMGAUCGACCGAGUCCUCCGACAGACCAUCCAGCCGGAGGACGACCAGGCCUCCACGUCUACUGCCUCAGAGGGAGAGGACAACUUCGACCAGGAUGUGGACGAAGACGCUGCCGCCCGUCCCGCUCCAGCGUCCCUCCAGAAACCGGCUCUGUCCAUCCUCCAAGCCCAGCCGCUCCUGGCUCCACAUCUGUCCAUCCAGCACGCCGCUCUUCCUCUUUCCGGAGUACUUGCCGCCCCUCCUCCAGUCGGCCCUCCUCCUCCUCAGGCCAUCGCCCCCGCUCCGCCUCCCGGCCCCCCUCCUCCUUCUCUUCCUCUUCAUACUCCAGCUGUGCAGGUCCAGCCGACCGUCAUCGCUCACGCCGCCGUCUCACACCCGUCGGUGAUCCACUCGGUCAGUCACACCCUCCCAGUCAACCACAAACACUUAGCACACAUAGCCCCCUCUCCGGGUCCCGCCUCCUCCACUCCGCAGCCGAUGGCGGCAGCAGCGGCGGUGCCCGUCACGGCGACGCACCAGCACAUAGCCCAGCCCAUCGGACACAUCACCGUCCACCCGGUGGCGCACCUGGGGGCGCCCCUCGCGUCCCACCUCCCGACUCUGUACCCCCAGGGUGUGCCGGUCACCCAGCCCACCAUGGUGGGCCACAUCACCCACACCUUCGCCCACCACGCUCUGCCGCACGUCCAGGCCGGCGCUCAGGCUAACACUAACGGAGCGCAGGUGAGCCAGGGCGGCCCGUCGCUGGGGAAACCCACGGCGGUGCUCGCCCCGCACCCUCAGCUGGUUGGCCAGGCCGCUGUCCUCAACCCUGUCACCAUGGUUACGGUCCCAACCUUCCCCGUCAGCACGCUCAAACUGGCCUAAAACAGAAAAUCAUCCGCACGCCCCGACGUAGAGGCGAGUUGGAUUCAGAUGGCCCGGAUCUGUGUUCGGUCGGGUCCGUUGGUUUUGGAUGCGAGAAUCUUUGUGAUAUUUUGGUCACACCUCUGCAAACGACAACAUUGCUGCAGACUCAGCGGGUUCGGGCCAUUGUUGGUGAAAACGAGACUGUGACAUUUGGCUUCGCCGCAACGUCAGGAACUUAGUUUGACCUUCCCUCUUCCUGCCUCUCUCUCUUUUAUUCCUUUCCUCUGCAACCAGAAGCACUAAGACGAUAAGCUCAGUUCACACUCAGGCUCCAGAGAUUCACUUCCAUCAGCCUCACGCUCAUUCGGUGAAAGGUGUCGUCAGCUCUUAAUGCAGUGAUACGAGUGUGUUUCACACUCUGACGUGAUGAAGAGGAGAAGCAUCACUGAUGUGAUAAAGACGAAGCUCACUGAUCUAAAUAAAUUAUUCACAACAGCUUCGGUCAUGUCCGAAGGAGAAUAUUCCAGAUUUUUUCCCUCCUGUGCUCCAGCUUCACCCAAAUUUGAAAUUCACAAACCAAACAAAAAAUAGAGAGAAUAUGUUUAACUGCUAAUUUCUGUCCUGCUGUUUAUAUCUGAUUAUAUGAACACAGGUUGGGUGAUAAUACGCAACCAUUUCUGUCUGCUCUUGUCUCAGCGUUCCCCCUCUGUGUGUGUUAUUUUCUGCCUGUUACCACAGCGCCCCCUGCUGCCGUACAGCACAGCUUACACUGAUGUCAUUCACACCCAACAAGCUUUUUUUGAGUGCUUAAAGUGCCACAAGGUAAUAAUUAAUCAAAAAUGUCAUAAUCCAGACAAACAAAUGAAUUAAUAAAAUACGUUGGAAUUAUUUGAAUGUGGCAGUAAUUAAAUGCAUAAUUGGAAAAAUAAUCAGUAGUUAAAACCAUGCAGAAUUAUUAUAUUUAAAAUUUAUUUUAUGGCUCUUGUGCUCCAGUGCAGCGCAGUUAAGCUCUCUGAGAGAUUUAAUCUUGAGUUUCAAUCAAUCCAGAAGCAUGUUUCUGAAUUAAAAUGAAACGUAGAUCGAAAACAAGAAUGAAAUAAUCUAAAAACGAUAAAUCAUUUGUGUUGUUUGAAUUUUUAAAAAAUUUUAUCUCAAAAAUUAUUUAACCUUUUUUGAGAACCAGUGGAAAACUCUUUAUUCCCAUUAUAGAAAUCAUACCUACUUUUUUCAUCUUUUGAUUGGUGUUAUAAUGAUUUAUCUUUGGUUAAGAAGAUCCCAAGUUCUUCCAGUUAAAAGAAACAUGUUGGUAGAGUUAAAAGAUUAUUUUAAACCCUAAUCAGAUUGGGAUAUUAACUGUAAUUGUGAUUGGUUUUAACUAUGAAGGGUUUUUUUUAAUUUAUUUAUUUUUUUAUCGAAUUAUGGCACUUUUUGACCUCCGUAGGAGUUCAAACCGCUUCUUGAGGCUCUGUAAAUUGGUCUUUGCUCAUAUCAGCAGAUACUGUGAGCCUUAGUUAAUAUUGUUUUCCACUCAAAGAGCUGAUGUCUAAAAAUAAAAUUAAAAUCUGUCGCUCUUGUUAAAAAAAUAAUUAAAAAAAGAUUAGAAAUAAAUGGUCUUGGUCAGAAUUGGGUAUGUGUUCUGACGCCCACUAAUUAGUAAAUCAGUGUGUGUGUGUGAAUGUUUAUGUUAGACUAAACACAUCAUUCUCUCAUUAUCGUACGUUAACGCACUGCAAAAACACAAAAUCUCUCCAAGUGACUUUGGUUUAGUUUCUACUGCAAAUAUCUUAGUGCACCUGAAAUAAGAAAAAAAAAAAACUUCAAAGGAACGUUUCAGCAAGAUAUAGGCCCCAGUUACACAACAACAAUUUCGGGUGAAAAUGGAAGAGUUUCGUUGAGUUUGCACCGUACAUUUACACGAAAAUGGCGAAUGUUUUCUCUGACAACGGCACAGAUUGAGAACUGCUUCCAGAGUGCGAUGUUUCUGAAACGUACCGGUGUCCGUUGUCUUGUAAACAGAAUAAACGGAUCUUUUCUUCCAGAGAAUCCCCAGCUCAUGCUUAGUAUGACACAUUUCAUAACGGCUCUCUACAAUCCACAGAAGAAGAAACUACAGAAAAGUAUUAUUUGUGUUUCUGACUUGUGAAUCUAACUACAGCUCUCCAACACGGUGCUCAUUUUAUUCCUCUCUUUACUUUAAUCAUCGAAGACGGAUCUCAUGCAGCUCCACUCCGUUAAUUAGCGAAUGUACGCAACGGAGAAACACAUCGAGGAGGCGCUACUGGACGCGUCCUGGGAGAACAAGCUAGUGGUGGGAUAACUUUGUAAAACAAUGUAGUCGAUGAUGAAGAAUGGAGGGAGACCUUUUGUUUGUCCAAGCCUAGCACCAACUAGAGGCGUGGCAGGGGCAUUACACCUUUUUGAUUUAUGCCGUUUCUGUGUAAACAAAGAUUGUAAUUAGAACGUCUUCAUGUAAACGUGUUAAUAGAAACGAAACAAACAUUUAAUUUUCAUUGGAUCAUUGUUGUGUAAACAGGGCCAGAGAAGCUUGUUUAAGUCAAUAAUUCUCUAAUAUCGAUGAAAAAGAACCAAAUUAUUUCACUUAUGGGAAAAAUGUCUGCCAGUGCUACUACGUUUUCACCAAUAUUAAGGAGUUAUUGACUUAAAACAGGGAUGUCAAACUUUUUUUUAUUUUGUGCCAUAUCAAGAUCAUGAAUGUCCUCAAAAGGCCGGUUGUGGUAAACUUCUCAAAUAUUAAUAAUUAGAAUUUUGACUUUUUAUUUUCAGAAUUUUGACUUUGUUUCUUCAUUUUUUUUCUCAGAAG